AGCCUGGGGUUCCUCUGUGAUUUUCUCGUUCCUCCUCCUACAACUGAAACCCAGAAAUAAGCUUGAGAUGGAUAAUCGCCAGGGCGGUCCGGACUUUUGGUCGACCAAAAAAAAUAUACGGGAUUUGUACUUUGAGCCAACAACUACCACGGAGAAGUGCUUGUACCUCAAGAUGGAUGACAAGUCUUCGGCUGCUAAUGCAAUGAUGAUACCCCCACGAAUCGAAAUCCAGCCAUCUUCUGCUUUGCCCAAAGCCAAAGAGUGGCUUGAAAGGUGUAUCAACACCCAUUCAAACUGCCCGAAGCCUGGCGGCCUUGUUCCAACAAGACUGCUCUCGCUAUCAACAUCUACAGAAGCACCUGAGCCCCGCCUGCAUCUCCAACUAGCAUCAGAAUCAGCCAAAUCAGUUCCGUAUGCAGCUUUAUCUUACUGCUGGGGUCGCAACCAAAAACUAAAGUUGGAGAUGUCCUCGCUUGAUCGCUUCCGAACUACGGGAAUUGGGAUGGAGGAGCUGCAUCGCACAAUAGCCGAUGCCGUCAUGGCAGUCUUGUCACUUGGUCUUCGCCAUAUGUGGGUGGAUGCUCUCUGCAUUAUUCAGGACUCAGAUGAGGACAAGGCUCGGGAAAUCGGAAACAUGGGCGCGAUCUACGCCGCUGCCACGGUGACACUCGCCGUUUCUGGAGCAGCAUCUGUCGACGAUGGCUUCCUCUGCAAACGCAGUCUUGGGAAUCUUGGGCUUUGGAGUUUUGAGAUUCCAACUCAAACAGCGCGUACGUCUUUGCAAAUUCCGGUAACCGACGCGGGCGCUGGGAAAAGGGAAAAGGGCAAGUUCAGUCAGGAAGCUAAUGUCGAGCCAAAGACAACAACGGCAUUGUUGUUGCAUAAAAGUCCAAACGGCGGACAAAUCCGUUGGAUCGUUCAGAACGCGUCUCCCCUCUACACUAGAGCAUGGACAUAUCAGGAAAGAUUGCUUUCUGCACGUAUUCUGGACGUUGGCGUUAUCCAGACGAGAUGGUGGUGUCCAGAAACUCCAUCUAGCGGACCAAAAGCCCGACAAGAUCAUAACGUGGAUGGAUGGAAGCAUCUAACUGAGGUGCUGGAUAAUGUUGCGGGAAGUCAGAAGUGCUGGGAGGUUCACAAUCAACGUUCAUCUGCCUCAACACACUGCAACACUCCAGCCAGGAGCGAAGGCCCGCGGCAGAUCACCGGCUUGGAUACAACUGAGCAUGUGGAAAUAAUGAAAACGUGGAGCGACACCGUUGAGCAAUACACGGGCCGGAAUAUCAGUUUCCAGGAGGAUCGAUUACCCGCACUUUCCAUGAUCGCCCAAUGUGUUCAAGCCCGAACGGGUUACCAAUACGCUGCCGGAUUGUGGAUGGAGGACAUGCUCGUGGCUCUUCUCUGGAGUAGAUAUGAGUCGAAAUCACGGCGAAAUGCCCGCAAAGACAGCGACAGUGCUAGUGAUAGGGUUGUCUACUGUGGUCCAACUUGGUCAUGGGCAUCAGUGCAUGACAAGGUGUCUUGUUUCCCAUAUGAAGCGACCGUGCGUUGCACGUAUUGCAAGGUCCUGGACUUACACAUCGAGCCGAAGCCCGGAGGUAACGCCUUCGGUGGCUUGAGCUCCGCCGCGCUGGUACUUAGCGGUCUUAUGAAGCCUGCAUUUUGGAGACAGGAUCUGUCUUCUUCGGCAAGUUCAACAGUUGCUAUGCCAGUAUCGUCCGACCCACCAGCUUCGUCAGAGGCAGCUUCUGUCGAACCUCCGAAAGGUGCCUUAUAUACAACUCACAUUACAGGAACAGAGCAGCGGCUUCAAAAAAUCCAUAUGCGGUUCGACACCUGGCGGCCUGAGUUCGAGGUACUGGCCUAUCUGGCCACAAGCGAUAACGUGCGGGCUGAACAGCCGCUGGCUAUUCAGUUGGAUGUCUAUCUUGUUGUUAUUUGCAAGUACGCCUUCUAUGAUGACGAGGACUCGGAUUGCUUCUUCGAAGGCUUGGUUUUACAAAGAAAUAUGUGUGGAGACUACAUUCGGCUUGGUUCAUUUGCGUUCAAUUACAAGCCUCGAGACCUCAAGGGUGACGAUUUGGCAGCCUUCUCGGCUAUUGAGCAAUGGCUUACCAGCGGAGAUGAAGAGACCAUUAGAUUAAUCUAAUCCGUAGGAUGCUCGCAUGGCCUUGACUUUCUCGCUACACUAUUCCCAAAAUGCUCCUUUCCCCCCUCCCUACAC